CGACUCGGUGCUGGAGACAGACACCAGUUCUUCAGAUUCACAGUCUGCAGAGCAGCUGACGAGAUCGUCACUUUUCAACGGACCGUUAUUUUUUAUUCUCGAUCGUUUUUCCGUGUUUAUAGUGCUAGACUUCAGAAAGUAGAAAGUAGUCAGAACUGUUCGUUUUUGUAACUCUUUCUUUAGCACUGAAACCUUGAAGGGCUUUGUUUUGUUUUAUAUACUUCUUCCAUAGUGUUGUUUCUCUCAAGGAUGCGCCAAAGGAUGGGUCAUGUUCUGAAUCAGAAGAGGAGCCUUUUGGAUGUUCUCUGCGUGUAUUUGUCUGUUUCUGUAGUUCACUCCUACAACAUUGACUUAGAACAUGCUGUUGUGUUCCGUGGACCUGACUCGAGUUUCUUUGGAUACUCUGUUCUGGAGCACUAUCAUGACAAUACGCGCUGGGUUCUGGUAGGGGCCCCCAAGGCCAACUCUUCCUACAGCAGCUCACUUCACACCCCGGGAGCCGUGUUCAAGUGCCGUGUCCACAGCAACCCAGAGAGACGCUGCACGGAGAUGAACCUGGGCCGAGGGAAUAAGCCCCGGGAGUCUUGUGGGAAGACAUGCCAGGGAGACAGGGAUGAUGAGUGGAUGGGGGUCAGCCUCGCCCGGCAGGACAUACCCAAUGGCAAAAUACUGGCCUGUGCCCACCGUUGGAAGAAUGUCUUCUAUGACUCUGAGCUCAUCCUUCCCCAUGGUUACUGUUCCAUCAUCCCUCCUACGCUACAGGGCCGGACCCAAGCCCUCAUCCCCUGCUACGAAGACUAUAAGCAGAAGUAUGGGGAGGAGCACGGCUCGUGCCAAGCGGGGAUAGCAGGCGUUUUUACUGAGGAGCUGGUGGUGAUGGGAGCUCCAGGAUCAUACUACUGGACAGGAACAGUUAAGGUCUACAACCUGACCUCCAACACCUUCUACAACCCCAACAAAGAAGACAUUGACUCACACAGAUACAGUUAUCUAGGCUAUGCCGUGACUACUGGACACUUCUCCUCUCCUAACAUCAUAGAUGUGGCUGCAGGAGCUCCACAACACAGUGGAGAGGGGAAAGUUUACAUUUUCAGAAUCAAUGGUGUGUCUUUGGUGAAGAUCUUUCAAGCCUCAGGGACAAUGAUGGGCUCUUACUUUGGCUCCUCAUUAUGUGGAGUUGACCUGAACAGGGACGGCCUGUCGGACCUUCUGGUUGGAGCGCCCAUGUACAGCACGCUACGGGACGAGGGACAGGUCUCUGUCUACCUCAGCAAAGGCAACGGUGUGAUGGAGGAAGCAGGACUCUUAAAUGGUGAUAAUGCCUACAGUGCACACUUUGGAGAGUGCAUCACUGCAAUCGGAGACAUUGAUGACGAUGGGUACCAAGAUGUGGCCAUAGGAGCACCCAAAGAAGAUGACUACGGUGGAGCGGUUUACAUUUACCAUGGUGAUGCCACAGGAAUCGUCACCAAAUAUUCUAUGAGAGUGUCAGGACAGAGCAUUAACCCCGCCCUCCAGAUGUUUGGCCAAUCAAUCUCUGGCAAUGUGGACAUGGACAGCAAUGGAUAUCCAGAUAUUACCAUUGGUGCUUUUAUGGCUGAUAGUGUGGUGUUAUUGAGGUCCCGGCCGGUGAUCACUGUGGACGUGUCUAUCUACCUGCCUGUCUCCAUCAACAUCUCUGUGCCUCAGUGUCACGAGGGACCACAGCACCUCAACUGUUUCAACGCAAGAGUCUGCCUGCUCUUCAGAGGAAAACACCUGCCAGGACAGAUAGAGUUGUUGUAUAACCUGACAGCUGAUGUGGAUAAGAGGCAUAGGAGCCAGUCUUCCAGAGUGUACUUCAUUCAGAACGGAGCCCAGAUCAGCUUAAUGAGCAACGAGCUCAGUCUGGACAUCAACAGAGAGGAUUGCCAACAGUACACUGCAUAUGUUAAGAAGGACGUGAAAGACGUGUUCACAGCCAUCACCUUUGAGGUGGCCUACACCCUGGGGAAGCAUGUGGUGAACGGUCACCUGGACAAAGACCUGCCUGCUCUUACACCUGUACUGCGCUGGAGGAAAGGAGACAAGAUGGCAGCAAAGAAUGAGACAUGGUUCGAGAGGAACUGCCUGUCUGAUGACUGUGCUGCUGACCUGAGACUCCAUGGGAAACUGCUGCUUUCUGGGCUCCACGUGCGGUCCCAUCUGGCCCUAGGAGGAGUGAGGAAUGUCUCUCUGAACGUGACCAUCUCCAACGCAGGGGACGAUGCCUACGACACCAACAUCUACUUCAACUUCUCCAGAGAUGUCUUCUAUAUCAACUACUGGCAGAAGGAAGAGAAGGGUAUUUCCUGUGGACUUGUUGCUUUAGACUUCCUCCAAUGCAGCGUGGGAUUUCCCUUCAUGAGAGCAAAGACUAAGUAUCAUCUUGCAGUGAUCUUCGACACAAGUCGGCUUUCAGGGGAAAAUGAGACAUUGCAGUUUUUAGUUCAUGCAAAAAGUGCAAACCCUGAGCAUAGACUGUUGGACAACAAGUUGGAUCUGUCUAUCCCACUGGUCCACGAGGUGGACACAGCUAUCACUGGUUUAGUGACUCCAACAUCCUUUCUGUAUGGGAACUCCAUCGGUGCCUCUCGCUUCGUCCAGCUGGAGGACAUGGAGUGUAACUUCCAGCCUUUAAACUUCACCUUUCAGGUGAUCAACAACGGCCCCAGCAGGUUACCUGGCUCCAUAGUGGACAUCAGGAUCCCAAACCGACUGGCUGGCAAUGGGGCCGACAUGUUCCUCAUCAUGGACUCACAGGUGGCGGAGGGGCAAGGGAACUACCCCCAUAGGAACCCCCAGCCCUGUUCCAUCUCCCAGGACAGAGAGAGUAUCUUCCACACCAUCUUUGCCUUCUUCACCAAGUCUGGACGCAGGGUCCUGGACUGUGACCGGCCAGGGAGAGCAUGUUUAACCAUCUCAUGUACUCUGGGCUCCCAGUCCAAAGAGGAAGUUGUCAGUAUACAUGUGAAAGUUCUACUAAACACAGAGAUACUGAAGAGGGACAGCUCAUCGCUGAUCCAGUUCGUGACUAGGGGUAAUGUGAGAGUGGACGGGAGGGCCAUAGAGGUACCGCAGGGGCUAUCAGAAGACACUUCACUGGUGUUCGAGGCGCUCCAUAGCCAGGAGCCAAGAGGAUAUGUUGUUGUGAUCAUUGCCAUCAGCCUGCUGGUGGGAAUACUCAUCUUCCUACUGCUGGCUGUGCUGCUCUGGAAGUUGGGUUUCUUCCGCCGGCGCUACCGGGAGAUCAUCGAGGCCGAGAAAAACAGGAAGGACAGAGCCGACGAGAGCUGGGAUUGGGUGGAAAAGAACCACUGAGGGAAAGAGAAGACAAUGAGAGCACAGGGUGUGGGGAUUGGGUCAAUGGAGGAUCCAAUGAGCUGAGGGCUUUCACCACAGCCAGCCAAUCAGGAAUAAGGGCCCAUCAAUCUUCCAUAUCUGGUAGAGAAAUACAUGGUCUCUGGAUUUUUUGGAGGGAGACUUUUUUUGUGCGUGGGAGAAUGGGGAUGGAGGGAACUAACAGGCAGAAAUCUGAGGUGGAGGUUGGUGUCGCUCGCUCGGGUCAGAUUCAUUAAGACCCUAAUUCAGUGCAACGGAAAUUGGAAAUUAGUGUUUCUUAUUGAACAAACCCAAGGAUUACAUUCCUGUUUGUCUGUUUUCUUUCGUUUGGUGUCAAACUAAUACAACACUCGCAAUAGAAUUCAAUUAGUCCCUAUGGAGGAAACUUCCUGCCAACGGAAAUAAACAAAAUUGAACUGUUAAAGAAACAACUGGCCUGUUCAGGAUGCUGUAACGUUCCAGAACAUUCAGAUAUAAAUAUAUUGUGCAGAACAGACAUGAUGCGUUUGCUCUAAACAUUCUAUUUCUAUCUGCAAUGUUCUGAGUGUUUCACGUCACUGAAUACACCCAAGGAGAUAGACGUCCUUGGACAGGAUGUGGCAAUGACGCGGAUAAUAUCGGACGGGACAACAAAAACCCUCAGGUCUCUGUUUUAAUAGUAGUGAACAUUUAUUUUUAUACAUAUUAUAGCCAUAUUGUAUUAAAUUGGGGCUUUGAGAAAUGGUAAGUUCGAGUUUUUGAAGUCUAAUGUAAGAAUAUAUAUUUUUUUUUUUAAAGCACUGAUGUCCGAGUUGAUGCUAUAUUUCAGCGUCUUUAGUUUGCAGGGCAAAGAUACAGCAUGUUAUGUUUAGUAAAUUAGUCCAUUUGUAUAUUAUCCAGUAUCGUGAGAUGUGGAUUUUCUGGAGUGUGAAAGAUUGUGUCUUUUUAAUUCUGUACUGUUUCCUGCUCACAAAUAUCUCUUUAAUAUCUCACACAUCUCCCUCUCCUUUCGAUAAAUAGCUAUAUGGGCAACCAGCCAAGCAAGUCCCCUGAAGGCCCACACACAGAAAUGCACUUACAGGAGCAGACAUUCCCAUUCAAGUCAAAAUUAUAUUUCUGUGUUUAGACCUUCCAUUCACCAUAAACAGAGAUAUAUUUUUUGUCACACAUCGAAGUUGUCACUGUCAUGAAGAAAUGCUGAUAACCAAGCAAAAGAGCUCUAUGAAAUGUUGAAUUGAUUAUACAGUGCAUUCGAAAAGUAGUCAGACCUCUUGACUUUUUCCACAUUUUGUUGCAUGACAGCCUUAUUCCAAAAUGGAUUAAAUAAAAUCUUCAGCAAUCUACACACAAUACCCCAUAAUGACAAAGCAAAAACAAGUUUUUAGAAAUGUUUUCAAAUUUAUUAAAAACAAAAAUCACCUUAUUUUUAUAUUUAUUCAGACCCUUUGCUAUGAGACUCAAAAUUGAGCUCAGGUGCAUCCUGUUUCCAUUGAUCAUCCUUGAGAUGUUUCUACAACUUGAUUGGCGUCCAUUUGGGAAGGCCCACACCUGUCUAUAUAAGGUUCCACAGUUGACAGAACAUAUCAGAGCAAAAACCAAGCCAUGAGGUUGAAGGAAUUGUCCGUAGAGCUCCGAGACAGGAUUGUGUCGAGGCACAGAUCUGGGGAAGGGUACCAAAACAUUUCUGCAGCAUUGAAGGUCCCCAGGAACACAGUGGCCUCCAUCAUUCUUAAAUGGAAGAAGUUUAGAACCACCAAGACCCUUCCUAGAGCCAGCCACCUGGCCAAACUGAGCAAUCGGGGGAGAAGGGCCUUGGUCAGGGAGGUGACCAAGUACCCGAUAGUCACUCUGACAGAGCUCUAGAGUUCCUUUGUGGAGAUGGGACAACCUUCCAGAAGGACAAACAUCUCUGCAGCACUCCAAUCAGGCAUUUACGGUAGUGGCCAGACGGAAGCCACUCUUCAGUAAAAGGGGCAUGACAGUUUGCCCAAAGGCACCUAAAGACUCUGACCAUGAGAAACAAGAUUCUCUGGUCCGAUGAAAUCAAGAUUGAACACUCUGGCCUGAAUGACAAACGUCACGUCUGGACGAAACCUGCCACCAUCCCUACAGUGAAGCAUGGGGGUGGUAGCAUCAUGCUGUACAGAUGUUUUUCAGCGGCAGGGACUGGGAGACUAGUUAGGAUCGAGGGAAAGAUGAACAGAGCAAAGUACAGAGAAAUUCUUGAUGAAAAUCUUCUCCAGAGCGCUCAAGACCUCAGACUGGGGCGAAGGUUCUCCAUCCAACAGGACAACGACCCUAAGCACACAGCCAAGACAAAGCAGGAGUGGCUUUGGGACUCUGACAAGUCUCUGAAUGUCCCUGAGUGGCCCAGCCAGAGCCCGAACUUGAACCCGAUCGAACAUCUCUGGAGAGAUCAGAAAAAGCUGUGCAGCGACACUUCCCAUUCAACAUAACAGAGCUUGAGAGGAUCUGCAGAGAAGAACAGGAGAAACUCCCCAAAUACAGGUGUGCCAAUCUUGUAACAUCAUACCCAAGAAGACUUGAGACUGUAAUCACUGCCGAAGGUUCUUCAACAAAGUUCUGUGUUAAAGGUCUGAAUACUUAUGUAACUGUGAUAUUUCAGUUUUAUUGUUAAUACAUUUGCAUAAAUGCUUUGUCAUUAUAGGGUAUUGUGUGUAGAUUGAUGAGGAACAAACAAAACUAUGCGUCUGAAUUCUUUCGGAAUGCUCUGUAUAAAUUAACGCUUUUCCAGGCCCUCAAAGUGCUUUAUACAGUAAAGAGGAAACACACAUCACCCAGCAACCCAUUGACAUCAUCAACACCAUGACAUCAUCAACCCAUUGACAUCAUCAACACCAUGACAUCCUCAACUGUAGCUAGAGAAUAUCAUUUACACUUCAUUUGCCACCUUUCACAAAGUGUGGUGUUUUCAGACUGACAGUGUUGAAUGUACUCUGAGUUAGGCCGUGGAGAUAGUAUAUCUGUUUAAGCUAUCUAUCCACUAACAAUCAUUUUUAGCUCAAUAACGCAUUCUACUUGGCGCAAUUAAGCUGAGAAGAACCAUGAAUACGAUGAUAGUCUGGAACAUUUCACAAAUCAUGGUCUUUUCCAACAAAAUGUUUUAAAUGUAUCCUAUCAUAUGAACUAGGGGCAGAGAUGAGUAGAAAAGCUAACAUUGUACCUUUAAAUUGCGGAUAUACCUAUGUAACUAAACAGCAAUAACUGUAGUAACAAAAUUGUAGUUACAUUGUAAUAUAAUGUAAUGGUAUAGGGCCAUGCAUUAGAUGCUAGUUAGAACAGUUUGGUUGACAUUUAAAAUGGUGGGGUGUGUGUAAAAAUACACAAUCUGUGGAAACUACUAGAAAUGUAUAAAGAAAAAGUGUAAUAUAUUCUAUGAGAAUCAAGUGUCAAAAGCUGUUUUGGCAAGUAACUAUUGCGCAAGUAUGCAGAUGAUCAAUCACAAGCUUAGCCUCUUUCAAAAAGGUUUUCAAUUUCAGUAAACCAUUUUUUAUGAUUCUCAAUGUAGUGAUUUAUAAAGCCAAACAUGACAGUGACCAAAUAGGAGUUGGCUAUACAGCACAAACAGAUCUGGGACCAGGCUAGAGCAAUAUAAACAGAUCUGGGACCAGGCGAGUACUGAACCUUAUAAGAUGGUUUACUCUUUGUGGCCAGGUGAACAUAGCCUGGAUCUAAAUUGUUCCAUUUCACUAUUGUUUCAUUUCAAUUUUACAGUAGUGAAACUGGACAAUUCAGUUUGAAUCCAGGCUAGGAUGAAUUUCCAAGAUCGGAGUAAACUACACCUACCUAACUACACCAAUUCCAUUACUAGAGGCACAGGGCAUUGCAUACCUACUGUACCUACACCCAUUACUAAAGGCCCCUCCCCAUGGCAGAGAAACAGUGUUGACUAGUACCCUAUAAAUAGCAAGGUAGGGAAUGUGCUUCACACUACUCCAUCAUGCACAGACUACUAGCUCUAUAAGACGUAUGGGUACAACUUGUUUUGAAGUCAACAUGUUGGAAUGUACUGUAAGGAAUAAGAACCGAUCUGACUGAACAGUCUAGAAUACUACCAUUUAAAGUUACAAUCUGGGAUUCAUUUGUCUGGGAUAUACAGCUGAGGGAUGAGUGGUACUGGUAUAUAACGAGAGCUACAAUCUGGGAUUGUAUCCUUGAGAAAUGGUCCAUGAAUCAGUUGUAAGAGACCCAUAGCCCUGUAAACCCCAGUGUCUCUUUCUCAGACAGUGAAUCUGUGUUAUCUGAUAAUAGGAGUAAACCCAAUUUAAUCCAAAAUGUUCCUUACAUGGAAUGAUGUAAUUGACGAACAAGUGAGAUGUGUUUGGCUGUGAGAUACAGUGUUUGGCUGUGAGAUACAGUGUUUGGCUGUGAGAUAUAUUCAGUGCCUUCAGAAAGUAUUCACACCCCUUGAUCUUUUCCCAAAUUUUGUUGCCUGAAUUUAAAAUAGAUAAAAUUUAGAUUUUGUGUCACUUAUCGAUACACAAUACCCCAUAAUGUCACAGUGGAAUUUAGUUUUAAUACAUUUUUACAAAUGAAUUAAAAAUGAAAAGCUGAAAUGUCUUGCAUCAAUAAGUAUUCAACCCCUUUGUUAUGGCAUACCUAAAUAUGUUCAGGAGUACAAAUGUGCUUAACAAGUCACAUAAUAAGUUGCAUGGACUUACUCUGUGUGUAAUAAGUGUUUAACACGAUUUUUGAAUGACAACCUCAUCUCUGUAUCCCACACAUACAAUUACCUGUAAGGUCCCUCAGUUGAGCAGUGAAUUUCAAACACAGAUUCAACCACAAAGACCAGGGAGGUUGUCCAAUGCCUUGCAAAGAAGGGCACCAAUUGGUAGAUGGGUAAAAAUAAAAGCAGACAUUGAAUGUCCCUUUGAGCAUGUUGAAGUUAUUAAUUACACUUUGGAUGGUGUAUCAAUACACCCAGUCAAUACAAAGAUGCAGGCGUCCUUCCUAACUCAGUUGCAGGAGAGGAAGAAAACCACUUAAAGAUUUCACUGAGGACAAUGGUGACUUUAAAACAGUUACAGAGUUUAAUGGCUGUGAUAGGAGGAAACUGAGGAUGGAUUAACAACGUUGUAGUCACACCACAAUACUAACCUACAUGAUAGAGAAAAGAAGGAAGCUCGUACAGAAGAAAAACAUCUAUCCUGUUUGCAAUAAUGCAUUCAAGUAAUACUGCAAAAAAAUGUGGGAAAUACAUUAUUUUUUUGGUCCUGAUUACAAAGCGUUAUGUUUGGGGCAAAUCCAACACAGCAUAUAACUGAGUACCACUCUUCAUAUUUUCAAGCAUAGUGGUGGUUGCAUCAUGUUAUGGGUAUGCUUGUCAUUGACAAGGACCAGGGAGUUUUUUUUUUAGGAUAAAAAUAAACGUAAUAUAACUAAGCACAGUCAAAACACUAGAGGAAAACCUGGUUCAGUCUGCAUUCCAACAGACAGCAAGACAAUAACCGAAAACACAAGGCCAAAUAUACUGGAGUUGCUUACCAAGACAACAUUGAAUGUUCCUGAGUGGCCUAGUUAUGACUUAAAUCAGCUUGAACAUCUAUGGCAAUUCUUGGCUGUCUAGCAAUGAUCAACAACGAACUUGACUGAGCUUGAAGAAUUUUUUAAAGAAUGGGAAAAUAUUGUGCAAAACUCUUGAGAUUUACCCCAAAAGACUCACUGCUGUAAUCGCUGCCAAAGGUGAUUCUAACAUGUGUUGACUCAUAUGGUUGAAUACUUAUCUAAUAAAGAUAUUCGUUUUAUUUCCAUAAAAAUAAAUGAUGUAAUUUUUCUUCCACUUUGGAAUUACAGAUUUUUGCAUAUCGUUGACCAGAAAAUGACAAAUCCAUUUUAAUCUCACUUUGUAACACAACAGAAAGUCAAGGUGUGUGAAUACUUUUUGAAGGCAGUUUGUCUUUUUAGACUGACAGGUUGUGCUUAUGAAAGAGUUGAAGAGUUUAUGAAUGUCCCAAAUUAAGCAUGUGAGGGGUAUAAAAAGAGAAGUGGCAUAUAUAUAACGUCUUCGGAGGUCCAGAGGGGCCUUUGUGUGAUGGUGAUGAAAUUAGAUAAGUGUCUCAGCAUCGCUCUAACUAGGGCUCAUUCAGUCUGUGUCGCUGAAGCGUUACAGUUUUCGCCAUAGAAAUGUAAAGGUAAUUUCUGAUUAAUUCAAUAUAUGCAGUGUUUACCAUGAAUGCAGUUUCAACUAACAGAGGCUUUAUACUACACAAGCGUCACUUGCCGAGCCACGCUACCAUCGCCCUCAUGUGCGUUCUAACAAGCAAGCUAUGUAGUGGUACGUAUCAACAGCCAUUGUCAGCCAAUCCAGUAGGAAUGGAAGCUAUGGUGAGCUUUGAUUGGUCACUCGCGUUGCGAUUUCGCAGAGGAUUUGAAUAAUGUUUGUCUUUCCCAAACUUCAGCUCCCUCGCCCAUGCUCGCAUCACUCAGCGGUCCUCCCGCCCAUUCCACUUCAUUCCAUUGAAAGUUAAUGGCUUCCGGUUUUCCACUGCGCGAUGCUACUUGCUAGUAUAAACGGGCCGUAAUGCGGGAAGGCUGAACUUCCGCAGAUUGAAUAGAGCCCGAAAUUAAGUAUAGCUUUUGAAAGCCAGUUUGUGCAGUGCUUUGUUACCCGACUAAAAGUCUAAAACACUUUACUGUGCUCACUAUGAUGGCUUAGGUCUAUCUAAUACAUAUCUCAAUCAUGCUGCAUUGAUCUUUGAUUGGUUGAUUUGUUAGAAAUACACCCUAUAUUUUAAUGUCACUCCUUCCUUUCACUGGCAUGGCAAAUACUGUACACAUUCACCGUCUCCUCUGCACCUGAUCUAGUUAUCUAAUUAUAUUAGCAGAGAGGAAAACACUUUACAUGUUGGGAUGUAUUUUAACUGUGAUGGUUUAGUUUUGUAUUUUUAUGUCGUUUCACCUAUAUCACACAUUAGGAUGCUGUAUUAGAUAAACGACUGUCUAUAUGUUUGAUGUUUAAGCUCAUGUUCAAGCUUUAUAUUUAUCUGUUGAUAAAUUUGAA